CAGAAAGAACAGUAAAAAUGCAGGCAGGGCGCAGGACAAAGCACUCGGGACAUAAUUGAAUUUAGUGAAUGUCACUUUUUGUCAUUUUCAAAUUUCCCGCCAGUUCCGUCCCCCGUACGUCCCAACGUCGCAGGGAAUGAACCCAGAAGACAGAUGCUGGCAUCGGCCAGAGGACAUUGCCGGGGACACUGCAGGAGGGCCAUUGCGGGAGCGCAGGACAAGGUAAGUGAUCGAGAGAUCCCGGAGCAGUGCCGCAUGGUAAGCCCGAGUGUAGCUCGGGGUUACUGCUUGUGG